ACAUCCUCUGAUAUCGUCUUCCAACUCUUAACACUGAUUCAGAAUCCCAACCCAAACCAAUAAAUUCCUCACAAUUUGAUACUUCAAAUUUUAAGCAACAGAAUGCUUAAAUUUUGUAGCCAUUGAUCAGCCUAGAAAUAUAGCAGCAGAGUUCUUUCGAGUUUUUUUUUAAAGAAAAAAAUGGUGAACAGAGGCCAUAGGACAACAAGAAGAACAUCUCAUUUCUCAAUCACUCUCUACAUUUUCCUCCUCUUUGUUUUCUCAAUAUUCGUUUUCUUUUUGUACUCUAAAGAUAUAUCAGAAGAUGAGCAAAAGCCUCUCGUAGUAUCGGAGAAGAAGGAGCCCGAAUCCGAAGAGAAUGCAGAUAAUUCUGUCUGGGAAGCUUCACACAGCCAUGGUUUACAUUCAUGCGUCAAGCCAACUGUGAGAUAUAAAGCUGCUCUAGGAUGGACUCGCUACUUAACUGUAAAAAGUAAUGGGGGAUUAAAUCAAAUGAGGACGGGUAUAGCUGACAUGGUGGCAGUGGCACACGUAAUGAAUGCAACUUUGGUAAUUCCUCAAUUGGACAAGCGAUCGUUCUGGCAAGAUUCAAGUACAUUUUCAGAUAUAUUUGAUGAGAACCAUUUCAUUGAAACAUUACAAGGGGACCUCAGGAUUAUUAAAGAGCUUCCCAAAGAAAUAGAAUCAUUACCUCGAGCUAGGAAGCACUUUACGUCAUGGUCAGGAGUGGGUUACUAUGAAGAAAUGACGCAAUUGUGGAAGGAGCAUCAGGUAAUUCAUGUUGCUAAAUCUGAUUCUCGCCUUGCAAACAAUGAACUGCCUCUUGAUAUUCAGAGAUUAAGAUGUCGUGCUCUAUAUAAUGCUCUCCGCUUCUCUCCUCCUAUUGAGAGACUUGGAAAGAAGCUUGUGGACCGGCUCCGAACAAGAGCAAAUAGAUAUGUUGCACUCCAUUUGAGAUAUGAGAAGGACAUGCUGUCUUUUACUGGCUGUACGUACGGUCUUACUGAUGCAGAAGCAGAGGAGCUCCGGGUGAUGAGAGAGAAUACAAAUCAUUGGAAGAUUAAGGUUAUCAACUCAACUGAACAGAGAAUUGAUGGUUUCUGCCCUCUCACUCCGAAGGAGGUUGGAUUAUUUCUUCAGGCUCUUGGUUAUCCUCCGUCAACAUUGAUUUAUAUUGCUGCUGGAGAAAUUUAUGGUGGUAACACUCACCUCUCAGAGCUCACAUCUCGCUUUCCUAAUGUUAUUUUCAAGGAAAUGCUGGCAACGCCGGAAGAACUGAGAGGGUUUGCCAAUCAUGCCUCACAAACUGCAGCACUCGAUUAUCUCAUCUCUGUGGAGAGUGACGUUUUCAUUCCAUCACACUCAGGUAAUAUGGCAAGAGCAGUUGAGGGGCACCGCAGAUUCUUAGGCCACCGAAAAACAAUCACUCCUGACAGGAAAGGCUUAGUUGAAAUAUUUGAUAAGCUGGAAGCUGGUCAGCUCGAAGGACCAUCAUUUUCACAUCUUGUCAAGCAUUUGCAUAAGAACAGGUGAUAAUACAUAC